AUGCCUCGUUUACCACCAACUCUAGUUGGCAAAGCUCGCAAGCGCUCACCCUUACUUCCUUUAAUACUUCAAGUGACACGUUCAUUGCCAUCAGCAAUCAACGAGCUCCGAUGGCUUAGGGAACAUGUGGCAAAGGCUAAUCAUCAGCCUUGUAAUCAGGAAUCUAGACGAAAACUUGUCAGGCUUGUGAAAAGGAGGGCUCGAGGUGAACCGCUACAGUACAUACUUGGUACACAGCCCUUUGGAAAUCUGGAGAUUAUAUGCAAGCAUGGCGUUCUUAUUCCCAGACCUGAAACCGAAGCGUAUACCCUUCACCUUGCCAAACUCAUUAGGACAAACCAGCUUCACACCUCGAUCACCAAAAUAUAUUCUCAUCCAAAGCGUCAACUUAAGUCUGGAGGCAAGCAACAGCAUGCAAAUUUCCGUAUCCUCGAUGUCUGUUCAGGCUCUGGCGCUAUCUCGCUCCUUUUGCGCUCAGCACUGCGAAAGAUGGAAAUAGCCACCUCAGAUUUCUUCAUUUUAGGCUUAGAUUCGUCCGAAAAAGCGGUGACACUUGCGCGUCGGAAUCGGGAGUGGAACGAAAAAUUAGGACAUCUUCCUCGAAACUCGUCACGAGAAAUUAGGUUUCAACAACGGGAUAUAUUUGAACCACUUGCGGACAAUGAACAAAUGUGGGACAUUAUAGUUAGCAACCCGCCUUAUGUAUCGCACGAAUCUUUUGAGAGGCAAACAAAACGCUCGGUCAGAAACUUCGAGCCGCAUAGUGCUCUAAUGCCUCAUGUUCCAAAACGGAUUUUCGGCCUAACUAUUAAGCCCGAAGAUAUUUUUUACAAACGACUGGUGGAAAUUUACUACCAAACCUACUCUAAGGUGCUACUAAUGGAAGUUGGCGAUGCGGCACAAGCUAUAAGGGUAAUACAACUUUUUAAUAGAUACACAGAAAAGUCUAAGCUUUGUCGGGCGAACCCUAGCAGAGUAGAAAUUUGGCGAGACUUUCCGAACGAGGACCCGGAGCCUGGAAAAAUCUCAAAAGUCGUAAUUGAAGGCGAAACGAUAUCAAUUAAAGGCGUCGGGAAAAUACGAAGCGUAAUUUUUGUAAAAUCUGGCCAUGGUACACCGCAAACAAAAAAAGAUUUUAAAAUUAAGCAUCUAAUUCUUCCAAAAACAGCCAGUCAAAGUCUAGCCAAGCCUAGAAAACGGAUUUAUGGACCGCCGGAGCUAAAAGCAACAUGGAAGAUUUUGAACAGUCCGAUGGGUACUGAGGGUAGAGUAACCCGAGGCAUGGCGCGUGGCUGGAAAAUACAGAAACCAGAGAAAUCAACUUUAGCGGAUGUAUAUGCACCCAAAUAUUUUGGGGAGGCAGAUAUCAAGAACAUCAAAAAACAUAGAGCUGCUGAAUAUAGAGAUAUGGGACUGGCCGCGAGGGCUAAAAGAGCGUUUAUGAAGAAAGGGAUAUCUGACACAGACAGUGAGCCCUUCUGGUUUCGAUGA